UACUACUACUACAGACCCAGGACCAGGACCAGGACCAGGACCCCACACUGGCACAGGAGCAGGUACCACCACAGAGGUCUUCCUGACCUGGUUCCUGACGCAGACCACAUCCAGCUCCGCCUCCUCUGCGCAGCAGUACGACAGCAGGGUUCUCCUGAGGUUCCCUCAGCGUGUGAAGAACCAAGGCAACGCAGACUUCCUGCCCAACACACCUCGCCACACCUGGGAGUGGCACAGCUGCCACAAUCACUUCCACAGCAUGGAGGAGAUGAGUGUGUACGAGCUGCUACAUGCUAACACGCUCCAGGCGGUGGCUGAAGGACACAAAGCUAGCUUCUGUCUGGAGGACACUUCCUGUGAUGAAGGCUACAACCGCCGCUACGCCUGUACCUCACACACACAGGGUUUGAGUCCUGGUUGCUACGACACCUACAACGCUGACAUCGACUGUCAGUGGAUCGACAUCACAGACGUCUCUCCUGGGAAAUACAUCCUCAAAGUGACCGUCAACCCAAAGCGGAACGUUCUGGAAUCCAACUUUGCCAACAACGUGGUGCGCUGUGACGUCCACUACACAGGACGUGCUGCUCACCUGUCAGGGUGCCAGACCAGCUCCUGAGGACCAGGUCUUGUGUCCUAGUCCUGGUCCUGGUCCUGCAAAGACCUGCUGCCUUGGAAAGAUGCUUCUUCUUGUCAGUGACGUGUGCAGUACCGCCUUGUGACCACCAGAGGGCGCUGCUGCUGCUGCGUGUGUUGCUAUAUUUCUUUCCAGGCUGUCAUUAUGGAGUCUAAUGCUAGUCACUAUUUUAAGGGACAAGCGGUAGAAAAUGGAUAGAUGGGUUACACA